UAUCACAGCAUCUACAUCCUUGUCUUAUAUUCAUGUGUUCGAGUUAGAGACCUGCCUGUAUCACAAAUUGUUGUAAUGACACAGUCCGUCACACCACAGCUGUCUACUGACAGACCUGAUGGCUAGGGGCGCUUAGAAGUUUAAGUGCCUUAACAACAUGGAUGUGAGGCUAAGCAAGUGGCGCCAGGUUCUCCUGACUGUUGUGUGUAUUGUGAUAGGACUGGCAGCCUCACAAGAGCACUACCUGAGUUACGACAACGCCACCGGCUUCCUGCACUUCCGGUGUCCGCUGGAUUCUGAUCUCAAAAACAACAAACUUAUUGUUUCCACCUUCGGACGAUACAACCAGCGAACUACCAGUGGACAGGUGUCACGGAUAGCGAACUGGUAUAACAAUUCAGCGACCAAAUACGAGGACACAGGUAACGUAGUGCUUACCACACGGCAGUAUGGCCUGAAGGGUUACCUGACAGACGUCAGGUGUGAAGACUCCUUCACCUACUACUGCUCUUACCACUUCAGCGAGUCGAAUGGGCGGAUAUCAUCUCGUCUAGACAACUUCACCUUCUCCUUUGAAGGACCGCUCAUUGUGUCCAUCGAGAGGCCUCAGAAUGUCCAUCCCUGUCCUGGAGACAAGAUGGAGGUCACGUGCCGCGCCUUUCUCGGCCGACAGACCAACUCCAUCGUGUGGGAGAGCAGACCGCCGGACGGACAGUUUGUCCUCGACACCGACAGUUACAUAAACUACAGUAAUCCCGUCGACACCAAGAGCUGCAACUACUACGCCGAGUCUAGACUGUCACGUGACCUGACGGCCACUGACAACAAGAGAGAGUGGCGCUGCCGGCUUAGCUAUGGACAGGCUGCUGCUACCUUCAUCAUCAUUGUGGAGGUUUUAGGUUCUUGUCUGAACAACCAAAGUGAAGGCAAUACUACUACUGCACCACCGACACUCAAUUCGCCGCAACCACUCAAUACUUCAGGAGACAGUCCAUGGGGUAAGGCCAGCUUCUUGAUUGUCGCCCUGGUCUUGUUGACCGCAGCCAUCGUAUUCCUUUUGUUGAAAAGAAACAUCAUACAAUUCAUAAACCCGAAAAGUGAGUCACGUGAAAAUAUCGUGACAGACCAACAGACGAGUACCACUGGUGCACACAACGACCAAAGUCACACCCCAGCUUCCAAUCCUCUCGAGCCUCAUCCGUCUCCGAUCCCGUUUGACGAAGUUGUCGGAGAGGACGGGUACGCUAAAUUUUCUGACGACGGCCUGGACCAUGACCCUCGACCUUCUGACCCUCUGGAUCUCCAGGACAUUGACUGGCAGACACCUGCCGCAGCUUCGCCUUUUGUCGAUCCGGGUUACAGCGGACUGGACGAUGACCCACCGGACUACAACAGACUUGUUCACCAUGGCAACAGUGACGUGACCCUCAGCUUGGCAUCAGCAUCUGAGUUGGACUACAAACAUCUCGACAUUUCUGCUUUCUUGGCUUCUUCACUUCCGUGUGAAUCUGACAAAAAUGAAUAAAGAAAUAUUGUAACAGAAACUUGUCCACACCUCUCAAUGGAAACUUGUUCCAGUCACUGCACUAUGACCUGUGACUGCAAUACGCCCUCUGACCUUUCUAUACUGUAUUGGAAAACUUUCCAGCGACCACAAUAAAAAAUACCCGAAGAAGGAAAACAGCAGAUGAUUAUUUGUACAACUGCGGAUGAAAUAAGAAGCUCAUCAUUAUUGCUCACUUUUGUACUUAGUUUUGUUUCAGGUCAGUUUUUCCAUAUUUUAGGUAUUUGAGAAAUGGUAUUUAAGAAAUGGUGUUUUUGACAAAAACUGAUAUAUAUAUACACCCCAGCAUUAGUCGUAACUGUUCUUUCUAUAAAAAUAAAAAACUCAACUUUUUGUUUUUAAUAUUUUGAAUAUUGAAAACGGUGCUGACAGGCUGUAAAGCUCUGUGGGCUACUCAUUAUUUCGCUUUGUUGAGCAGUGUAUCUACAUACUGCCGUUUGGAUUUUUUUCCCAACUGUGUUUUGUGUCUUGUUUUGUUUACUGAAGUCAAAUCUAUAAUUUAUUUUUUCUCGUGAUUUUGUAACGGUCCUACUCCUUGCAUUCUGUGCUUGGAUUAACAGCUUUGUGUCAGCCACCGAGUUCAAAAUAUCUUUUUUAAAUAUAAUUGUUCAACUGCUCUCAUAUUUUGGCAAAUGUUUUUUAUUCUGUUGAUUGUGUAGUUUUGGUGGGGUUUUAUUGAGGAAGGGGGUUGCAACAUAUCUUCUAGUGUUGAUGCUUUUCUUAGUUUGCAAUGACUGCACGUGGUGAUAUGUAGAUAGUAAAUCACAUCUUCACCUUAUUAAAUCGUGUGUUAAUCUGUCAGUUCCUGUACAUGCUUGCAUAACAUAUAAACUGCUACACUUUGCAUCAAGGUUUGUACAGGCUCUCUUCAUUACUAUUCUGUCUCUCUAACUACCUAAGCUCCCAGCAAGUGUCGCUGUACUCUUGCAAAUACUUGCCUCCUUACCAUUCCUAGAUUUAAGACGAAAACUAUCUAACACCACCUUACUGGAACACUACCUUCGGUGAUGCUCCAUUAGCAGACGAUAGUGUCAUUCAAACUUUUGUCCAAAGAACAACUGAAGUUAGACCCCAUAUUUUAGUCUGUUUUAUUAUUCCAUUUCAUCUGAAACUGUCUGCUUUGUAAUCUACCAUUUAUGUAGUUAUAUAAUGUGGAUGUAUUCUAUUAGUGGUCAGACCAUAACCUUGUGUUGUGGUAGAGUGCUAUGAAAAUGUACAUUGUAGUUGUUUUUAUUCUGAUUUUUUUAAUUAUUAUUAUUAUUGCUUCUGUUGUUUUUGAUCACUUUAUUGUAGUACAUGAGAGCAAUUCAUUUCUCCAAAAUUUAGCACUACUUACUGUUAGAUAAUGAUGCUGUUUCCCCCUCCCCCUCUGUGCAUCGAGAUGAGAUAUGGGUAAUUUUAAAAAAUCGAAAAGCUUAUAAUAUAAACUAAUAAUUGUAUUUUCUUUUUCAUGUGUGAACAAAACUCACUAACAACAACAUUUGCUUCUUGACUGGCCUUAUGAUACGAAAUACAAAACGGACUGCUUCAUAUCAAGAAACAAAAUAUGUUCGUUAGUAAACCUGGCUUCAACAGAACUAAAGUCUUUCAUUUGCUUUACAACUGUUGACUUUAUUCAGAUGAUGCCAAACGACUCGUGCAUUUCAGCUUAUUACAAAAAUGUUUUAUUGUAUGUGGGAUGAAUAAGGAAAAGAACAUAUUGUUGCAGUGAGAACUGCAUCAUGUCACAUCCCGUUGUCUUGUUUUUAGUUUCCUUCUUUUGAUUGCACGGAGUAUCUUCUCGCUGUAUUAUUUAUUAGCUUUAAGCACAUAUCGUGUGUCUUAAUAAUACAUUCCUAUUACAAUCUAUAUGUCUAUGUCUUUAAAACUCAGGCAGUGGAAAGUCACAUUUUCCCCGAGUACUUAAUUGUUACAAAUCAAUCAAUAAUCAAUCAGUCCUGUCUGUGCCGUAUGGCACGUGAGGCGACAAUCAGGAACCUCAAUCUGGUUCUGUUUCCUGUUAUUCUCUCCCUUUAUACACUGCAGCGUUUAAUUAACUGGUGCAAAUUGCAGAAAUGUUUUGUUUCUAAUAAUCACCCUCUUUGGUUGUGAUUGGUUCUCUUUUUUUACUCGUUCUUUCUCUCUCGCGUUCACUUAUUCCUUACUGUCUCCCUUUUACUUCUUUAUUUUCUUUUCGUUCAAUAAAAUGUUCGU